AUGGAGAACGGCGCCGAUCCCUUUGCACGAAGAUUAGAUUGGGAGCAGAUUCGCGAUUUCCUCCAUCUUCAUUGCUCACGAUUGGGGCACGCCACAAGGUCCUACGGUCGCAUCGCCGAGAGCGGGCAGAGCCGAGCGCAGUCGGUCGUGGAAGAGACCGACAACGACGAGGAUGAGGACGACAGCGAGUGGGACAGCGAAGAUGAGGAUGUCGAAGAUGACGAUGCCCAUCAAGCUGCGCAGCAAAAGAGCGGCAAGCCUAACGUGGCAGCUGCCAACUCACGGCCGCGCAAGCAGGACACCGAGUGGCUGCCGCCCCAGGAGUUUAAGCAGCAAAGGCUGGAGAGCGAACUCGAAGCACUCCACGAGCGCCUGCUGGACGCGCAGCGAAUCGACGCCGACCACUUGUCACGUUUGGCCCACCAGCGGUGCCUUCUGGUGAAAGACCCCGAUGACGGUGUGCUGCAGUACAUCUGGGACCUGGCCAAAGUGGGUCACACGCUGGGCAUGGUGGGUCCCGACGCGUUCGGGAUGCUGAUGGGCCGCUUUGCCGCCCACAACCGGAUGGCCCUGGCCGAGGAGGUCUACGCCCACAUCCUCAACGACCGCCAAGCCAGCACCGACAAUGACGCCAAGACGCCCAGCGUCAAGCAGAAGGACUUCGAGCAUCUGAUCACGGGGCUGGCUCACGCGGGGGAAGCCGACCGCGCGGUGGCCUAUCUGCACCAGCUGGCGGCGAAUGCGCAGAGCUCGCCCGAGGCCGCCGACGUCACCGCGUCACGGCCGGAUGAUGUGCUCAAGAACAGGAAACCGAUCGACCCAGACACCUUCACCGCAGUAAUUCGUGCCUUGACACGAAACAAUGAUGUGGACCGUGCACGCGGCGUACUUCGGGUCAUGGAACAGACCAUCUCCAACAGCGUCGAUUCCCGUAACAGCUUGAUGGCGGCCCGGAAUGCGGUGAACGAUCCCGAGGGCGCUCUGCGCGUGUUGGGCGAGAUGGGAGGAUCCGAGCCCGGCAACGGGAACGUGUGGACGUACGUGGAGGCGGCGGAGAGCUACCUGCGGCUGGGCGACCGCGACCGAGCGCUCGCCCUCAUCGACACCAUCGCCGACCAGGUCCGACAGGAGGGCUCCAAACCCGGUGGUCGGCCGCGGCGGCCAAGCGCCCGCGAGAGCGAAAAUGAAAGCGAAAGCGAAGACGAAGACGAUGAAGUAGAAGAAGAACGAAGGGCGACGACGGUCGAGCGACAGGGCGAGCUCGACCUGUGGAACCAGGUGCUGGCGCGAUUCGUGCAGAACGGCCGCACGGCCGAGUGCUUCGAGGUGUGGCGGCGGAUGCGGGAGGGCGAGGGCCUCGCCCCGGACAACCGGACAGCGCGCCAACUCAUCCGCGCCUGCGUGCAGGCCAAGAACAUGGCCCGCGCCCACCAGGUCGCCACCAACAUGCUCAAGUUUCACAAACUCAAGCUCGACUCGGCCGGCUGGAAUGAGAUCAUUGAGGGCUACGCGGCCGAGGGCCAGCUUGAGACGAUGUGGAAGUACGUCGAGAAGAUGUACAGGGAGGAGGGGACCUACCCGGGCGCGACGACGUGGGACGUGGUCGAGCGGACCUGCAAGUCCCACGGCGUGUGGGACCAGUGGCGCGCCAAGGUGGCCCGCCUGAAGCAGGCCAUCGACAGCGACAAGCAGAAGAAGGCGCAGGAGCGGACGAUGAAGAGGAACCAGACCAAGUUCACGACACGCCGACAGACCACCAACAAGAAGACCGCUGUCAAGAAUAAGGCGAAGGAGAACCAGAAGGUGGUUCAAGACAAGCAACAAAAAUGA